AAAAUUCAUAUUAGCAAAGCUAUUGAACACGGAAGAGCGAAAACGAAACCAACUGUACCCCAGUUAACUGCAGGGUCUAAAUAAACAAUCAGGUCUAAUGUUUCAAGAAGGCUAUCCAAAAAUGAUUUUACAUCAAGAAAUGGCUAUUACUUUGCUCGUGCUGUCAGUUCCAGUAGUUCAUUUAAAGGGUUCGCAUUCUCUGAGUUUGCAUUCAACAUACAUUAAAGGGAAAACGUUCUUUCCUGAAUAUAGUUACACGCUUAUGCUGGAUGAUGUUGUAGUAGGACAUUACAAUUCAAAGACAUGGACAUAUGUCCCAAGAGGAAAUACUACUGAUGAAGAUAACGUGAUUGACCCACAACAUGUCCACACCAUUAGUAAAUAUAUUUAUGAUGAUUUUGUGGAGAGGUGGAUCGUAAUGGACGGGGGUAACCUUACUGGCAGUCUUCAGGUUCAUCAAAAGAUGUUUCUGUGUGAACUACUGAAGAAUGGCAAGACAGGACAAAUGAUCACCAGGAGUGCUUCCAAAGGCCUCACCACAGAUGAGCUCUGUUACAUCGACGGCAAUUUUACUUAUCAAGGAACGUCAUACGUCACACAGCAAGAGCUCCAACCAUACCUACAGCUGUCCAUGUGGCUUCAUGAGAGUUUGUACUACCCAGCUUGCAUUAGAACUCUAAAAAAUUACCUCAAGAAGAGAGGAAAUCAAGUUAACAGAAAAGUAAAACCCAGACUUAAACUAAUCCAGAAAGCUAUCUCUGAUUCUGGAGGUUCUCGUGUGAGUUGUUUGGCGACAGGGUUUUACCCUCGUCACAUCAACCUGACCCUGUUCAGAGACCAGCAGCCUGUAGCUGAUCAUGAGAUCACUGGAGGAGAUCUGCUGCCCAACGAUGACGGGACGUACCAGAUGAGGAAGAGUCUGGAGAUCAGUGCUGCAGACAAACACAAAUACACCUGCUCCGUCACACACCUCAGUCUGGACAACAAACUGGACGUCACUCUGGAGUUUGAUCCAGGUGAACCAUUUAAGUCAGUGAUUCCUUCAGUGCUGAUAGUUCUGGCUCUGAUGUUGGUGUUUGGAACUGCACUCAUCAUAUAUAAAUACAGGAGGAGACAUGCAGUUAUUUCCUUUCUCAUUAUAGCUUCCUUAAAGAGUGACUAUUCUCCUUCUUCUACAUCUGAAGAAAGCAUGGGCACAGCAUCUUCAAAUUAAUUGUCACCAAGCCAGCAGAGGGAGCUCUUACCUCUGGAUGACCUGUGAUCACUCCCUCUGCUGCUACCUGACCCGACCUCUGCUAUUUGAGGCAGUAUACUAAACACUGAAAUGUCUGUUGUUUACAUAAUGAGCUUUAAUUUGUAAUGUAAUGUGCAACAUUUGAUCAUGCAACAGACUGAUGGAAAUUCAUAUAGUAUUAGUGGCAAAUUUUUAUGAAUGUUAUUUGUCGUUUUAGCAUGAUCUGAUCAAAGGCUGCUGAAGGUUAGCUUUGGCUUCAUGCUUCUUCCAAAAAAUCAUAUGUAUUUGUACAAACCUGUAAGAAACCUGCACAAAGAAAAAUGCACACUGUAAUCAUUAAAUUAAAUUAAACGAAAAA